CUUCGCGGUUCUGCUGGAUUUUUAUGGUCAAAACGAAGUUCUGGAGCAGCAUCAGUUACCACUGACCAUCAUCACUAUUAUUGGCCUCAGUCUGUCCAUCGCGGGCUUAUUUAUUACAAUCCUGUCCUUCAUGCUUAUAAAAAAAUUACGCAAAGGACGCCCCCAGCAGACCUUGUUCAACAUGGCGCUAGCCUAUGCUUCGGAGCUUGGAUCGUCUUCCUGGGUGGCAUUGACCGGGUGGAUAACACGGCCGGGUGCAUAGCCGUGGCGGCCAUGCUACACUACCUCAUCCUCUCUUCCUUUAUGUGGAUGCUAAUGGAAGGAAUUCUGCAGUACCUUCUGUUUGUCAAAGUCUUGGGUAUCAUUUUCCAUAAAUACCUUCUCAAGACAGCAAUCCCAGCAUGGGGCAUUCCUCUUAUUCCAGUCAUUGUGAUUCUGGCCGUUGACACGAACUUGUAUCUUGGAGGGGACCGAUACUGCUGGAUGGCCUUAACGCCCUUUUAUUUCGCCUUUCUGCUGCCCGUCGGCCUCAUCGUCCUGACCAACGUCAUCAUCUACUGCUUGGUCAUCGCUGCCAUCUGCAGUCGUCGCAUCGAGGGCUCUACGUCUGCUGAGAGCAAGUCACACUUUAGGGUCGUUGGUGUGAGGGCCUCCCUGGCCUGCUUUGUGAUUCUCGGUCUCAGCUGGAUAUUUGCUUUCUUGGCUGUGGCGGACGCGCGCCUGGUGUUUCAGUACCUCUUCACCAUCACCACCACCGUGCAGGGCUUCCUCCUCUUCGUCAUCUUCACCGCCAGAGACCCAGCGUUCCGAACCUUUUGGCUGGAGAAGUGCUGCGGCAAGUCCAGCCACCACUCUACCUCCGGGGCAAAGGCUCGCACUCGCGACGUGUCUGGCAAUUCUCUGGAAUCCCCAAUGACCCGCUCCACCACGUGUUCGGACACCCGACUCGACCUCAUCAGCAAACGGUCGCCACCACCUUCGCCUCGAAAAUGGCCGCCGUCACCUUCGGUUCCCAGUUCGCGAAUAUGAACUUGCCAGUGUUGCGAGGCUGGGAAUGAGUGGGUGGCUGGGUGGGAGGACGGUGGGGUUAGAUUGGUGGUGAUGAUGUGACUGCGAGUGUGAUAACUGUUGAGGACGGUGAGGGUUCACAAAGGAUGAGGUCUGUGUUAACAUUGCUUGAGUCUUUUACUCGCCUGAUGACUUGCAGCUUACAGUCCGUGGUUGGAUAUUACAGAAUUGCAUCUGGUGUGGCAAAUAAGUCACAGGGACUGUUUAGAAUAAUGAAAGAAUGUCUUAUGCUGUUCAACUUCGCAUGCGUGCGUCUGCGUGUGUGUACUUACUUAGGUGAGGUAUGUGAGAGAGGAUGGCGUGUGUGCAUAUGAAGGUGCAUAGGAGCAUGUGAAAUAAAAAAAAUGAAACCGUGAAGGCAUGACACUUUGAUUGUCUACCUCAUAAGUAGGCGUUCUCCUUGUCUUUUUACAACAAAAGCUAUAAUUUAGCUGUCUUUACUUGCGGAGGACAUUCUAACGAAGGAAUAAAAACAGUUUCUUAUUUUGCUCGCUGGUAAGCAGGCAAUGAUGUGAGUGAAGUAUUUUUUUAAUAUAUUUAUAAUGACUUUCGUGCGUGAUGCAAAAGCCUGCUAUUGAUAUGCUGACAUUUCAACAGUGCAGUCAUUAGCAUGGCAAAAAUGCAUGAGUGAACUGUUUGUUCUCGAAAUACUUGCGUGACAUUUUCGGAAUUGCAGCGAACCGCAAGUUGUGACAGUCGGCCUGCAGACCCAUCGCAUAUCUCUUUCCCAAAUGUAACCUGUACUGGAGAAUAAAACUAUAGCGAAACUUCUUGAUUCCUUUGCUAUAAAAUGGAUGUGAAUCGUC